ACCAAGCUAGCAUGCGUGUGCCGACAUUGAGGUUUCAGGCGGAAGGGGAAUACUAAGUAAUCUUUUCAACCUAUGGGUUACGUGCAGGGAAUAUAGCACUUUGUGGAAUGAAACCCGAAUAAUGUGGACGAAAGGACGCACUAUAUAACGGCGGAGGAAUACAUAAACACCUGCUCACUGUGACCUCGGGGUGAUUGUAAACAAAGGUGGAUGUUCGUAUAUUGUUAUCCUUCUUCCAGCAAGUGCAUAUGCAGUGCACGUGACGAAUAUUAUGUAAUUAACACAAGCCCAUGAUUGAAUGAUACCUGGAGCGUCGUUCUAUUGUUACCCAAUUAACUCAAGCGUCGGACGACGACAGUCACAUCAUCGCUGACUCCUGGAGCAUACGACCUCACAGAAGCCGUCUCACAGCCCAUCUUUGAUGUAUCAGCAGGUCAGGCACUAAAUGAGGUGGGGUCUACCAAGAUGGGUGAAGAACAGUUGACUGAGGCAGCCACAAUAUCUGCCUUUUCAAUUGUGGAUACGUCCCGCCUCUCAACAUUUGUCAUCUCUAUCCUGCUCAUCGUCUAUGGCAGUUUCAGGUCGCUCAACUUAGAAAAGGAAAAUAAAGAGAAAGAUAAGGAGAAAGAAAAGGCGGGAGGCUACGCCAAUCCUGCAAAUGUCGUGGAGACAGAAAGUCAGAUGCAGACGAUCGACACAUGUCAAGCCAUGUUCCUGCCUCUGGGAGCGUCUGCUUCACUGCUCAUCAUGUUCCUGUUCUUUGACUCUCUCCAGAUGGUGUUCGCCAUCUUUACUGCCAUCCUUGCCACGGUAGCCUUCGCCUUCCUGCUGCUGCCGAUGUGUCAGUAUAUCAUCCAGCCCUGCUCCAGUGGUCAGAAAAUUUCCUUCGGGUGUUGUGGUCGGUUCACGGCAGCAGAGAUCGUAUCGUUCUGUAUGUCCUUCUUCAUCGUGUGUGUCUGGAUCCUCACUGGGCAUUGGCUACUCAUGGAUGCACUGGGUAUGGGUCUGUGCGUGGCUUUCAUCGAGCUGGUGCGGCUACCAAGUCUCAAGGUGUCCACGCUGCUGCUCGUUGGGCUUCUAGUUUAUGAUGUAUUCUGGGUAUUCUUCUCUUCCUAUAUAUUUAGUGCCAAUGUUAUGGUCAAAGUGGCAACCAGACCUGCUGAAAACCCAGUGGGCCUAUUUGCCAAGAAGCUUCACUUAACGGGUCUAGUUCGAGAUGCUCCUAAAUUGUCAUUGCCUGCCAAAUUAGUGUUUCCAAGCACACAAAAUUCUAGUCAUUUUUCAAUGCUUGGCCUCGGAGACAUCGUGAUGCCUGGCUUGCUGCUGUGUUUUGUCCUUCGCUACGAUGCAUACAAGAAGUCCCAGACCAGUUCGGCAGAGGCAGGCGUGCCACCCCCUCCUACUUACGUGCAGAAGAUCACCUACUUUCACUGCUCCCUUUUAGGUUACUUUUUAGGACUGUUGACAGCCACCGUGUCCUCGGAGUUAUUUAAGGCUGCCCAGCCAGCUCUGUUGUACCUGGUGCCGUUCACGCUGCUUCCACUACUGUGUAUGGCAUACUUGAAGGGGGAUCUAAGAAGGAUGUGGCAUGAACCGUUCAUCGUGUCUGUGCAACCCAAAAACAUUGAAGUAUAGUGGGAACACAAGCUGAUCAUAAUAAAACAAUUCCUGAAUGGCAGUCACCAACAUAUUGGAGGUGACUUUCUGAAUGAUACCUUUAAAACAAGGAUUGUUGAAGACUGAAGAAUGGUUAGACACCUUCAUGUGAUGAAACAUUGGAGUGGCCAGAAUUCAAAUGGUAGAAAUGCAAAAGGAGACGACUCAAAGAAAGGGGAGUAACUCUUGCAUUGAUGUGAAAAUAACCACAGAAAUACCUAAAUGAUCUGCGUUGUCAUGCCAACUCAUAUUGUCUUUUAAUGGAGACACAUGUCAUACUUCAUCCUCUCAUACCAUCAUGUGAAACAAGCAUUUUACAAAGAUAAUAUUUUAGAGAGAAGUUUUUUUUCACAUGGAGAUCAUUCACAGUCCGAGUUCAUGAUUUCAUAUUUCACUGGGGGCAUUUUGAAGAGAAAUAAAAAUCCAUUCGAGAGUUGGAUUUUAAGAUUUUAAGGAUGGCGGUACCAACCUACUGUGUGUGCAUGACUUGACAGAGAUCAGUGGUCAAGAAUGAAGUCAUUUCUUUGGACAUCAAGUGAACUUUGUAAUUGAAAGACUAUGUGGUGGAAGGAGCCUGAUGGAAACCAUAUUUGUGGUUGUCAUACAGUGCUGAGGGACGGCCUGGAAUAGAUGGGGAUUUUUUGUUUAUUUAUAUUUAUACAACUCCCAUCCUGACUGUGAAAGAGCCCAGACUCUUAAUGGAGUUGCUUCUUCCAAUCGACAUUCAGUGUUUUGUGUUGUGGCCAGUGGAUAAGUUUAUUUAUUUGUGUACCUGACCCCCAUACUUCAGAAGUGGAACAGUCCAAUCUGUGUGAGAUGGAUGUUGAGGAUUCCAUUUUUGUUUCAGGGAGGUUGUCAGGUCUUUAAAUCAUGUAAAAUGGCAUGACCCUUGUCUUUGAAUGAUUCCAUCAAAGUGUCAACGACAAGAGUCGCUGGACUUGUUAGCGAGAUGUCUUCCUUAAAAGUGAAAUGGUUUGUCUGUUUUCAAGGUAUGGCUGGAAGAUUCCAUUCAGUUUUGAGGGAAGUCAGCAUACAUACAACAGAAGAUUCCAUUUCAUUUACAGAGGUUAUUUAUGACAGUGGAAUCUUCUCAUCGGAAUAUGUGCAGGGAAGAGACCAAUUAUGAAUGUUUUGCCCUGAAAGACUAAACAACAGAAAUGUGUUGGAAGAUUCCACUUAAUGUAAGGUGGGACAGGCUUUCCAGUUGUGGUAUUGUCUGAACUGGUAAUAAUUCAGUUGCAUCUUGAUGCUGUGACAUCUGUUAAAGACUUCCAGAAUGUGACAAUUCAUCAAGCAACGUGGGUGGACAUUUCAUUGUGUGUAGAACUACUCUGGAUGGGGUCAACCUUACAGCCUGUAUGUACUCGAGUUGGCCCACUGAGCAGGCCCUGAACAUGGAUUGGAGGGAGCACAGGUCACAUGAUUGUCAUGUGAUAAUGUCGAGCAGUGGCAAGCAGUCCAUUUUAAUUACGAUGAAUUCUAAAAGUAUUUGAUCUUUAUUAUUUUCUUCUAUUCCAAUAAGUACAUGAAAAUGACAUGGCUCCAGACACAUUGAGAAAAACAUUUAAGAUUAUAACAAUGUAAUUGAUGCAAGUAAAAUAAUUAAGUUUAUAUCAAACUUUGAUUAAAGGGAAAAGAACAGAUUUGGGGAGGUAGCCUGAACAAAACAUAACUGUUCCAUUGAUUCUCAUCUACCAGAAUGUUGCAUGUUGUAGAGAAUACGAGGGUAAGGAUUUAUCAGUUUGGUUUAUGAAUCUACUGCCAACCCAGUUUAAAUCAGAAAUGUAUAGAUGAACAGCUGGGUUUUGUUUGCUAACCAGAAAUAAAUAAAAUGUAAUUUUACAUGAAAUUUGGGCCAACGAAUAAUAUGAAAAAAGAAACAUGCAUAGUGAAAACUCACUUUGGUGACACAAUUUUGGAUUCAGGCAAAGCAUAACUAACGAGUAAGGUUACUGUGUAGUGAAAAUACUGCAUUUUUAGGUCCUUAAAAGUUAGCUUAUCUACGGUUGUAUACGGUAUGUCGACCUUCAGAUGCCAUGAUGCUUGUACGUGUGCUCCCUCCACAAUACACCAGCAUUCUUGAUAAAGGAUGGGUUCUUUUCUUAAGUGUGAACUAGUUGUGAAUGUUGAUGGUUUGUGGAAACUCUGGACUAACCGAUUCUUCUCCCCUGUAUCUCAUACAUCUCGCCUCGUGUCGAAAUAACAAGCAACGUAAAUUCAUUCAUCAUUUAUUAUGAAUUUAUAUCAGGUGCUGUAACACAACAGAUAUAUCCUGAGUAUUAUAAUGUAACCAUGGUAACAAAUUAUACCAAUAAACAAAGAAAUAAAAUCAAGCAUAAUUAUUUUUACUCUAACAACACUAAGUUACGUAAGGGGCAGUGGGGUAGCCUAGUGAUUAAAGCGUUCGCUCGCCACGCCAAAGACCCGGGUUUGAUUCUCCCACAUGGGUACAAUGUGUGAAGCCCAUUUCUGGUGUCCCCUGCCAUGAUAUUGCUGGAAUAUUGCUACAAGCGGCAUAAAACCCAACUCACUCGCUCACUCUCUAAGUUACGUAAAUUGCACAGUUCACUUUCAUAGUACUAAAACAAUUUGUUAAAGGUUUAGAAUGUUCGUAAGGAAGGAAAGUAUUUCAGAUGUGAUAAGUCUCAAAUACAAUGGCAGAUUCCAUGGUUUAGUUGUACAGGGGAGGCGACUCUGUAAGUUCAGAGAAGCAGGUGAAGGACUUUGCUGUUUGUGUGGAUGUAUUCAGUAAUUAUAUUAAAAUUUCACGCUACUGCAACUCCAGGCAAUUUGGCCAUGUUUACUCCAAAGUAAUUAAUAUAUGGGUUGGUGGGACCUCAUGUUAAUUUUGUUACACUGCUUGUUUUGCAGACUGAGGGUGUUUUUGUCUCCCAAAGUACAGAAAAUAAAUGUUCUAAAUAGAAGAGAUUUUGAUAUAAUUACCGUCAUUACUACUUCAGUGUCUUUUCGUGAAUGUCGAUGGAUCAGUGUUUUUACUUAAUGUCAUGGAAACAACAUAUUUUAUAACAAAUAUACAAACUUCACAAGACUUUUAAAAACAAGUAAAAAACGUUCAUGUGCUUUUUAUGUUGAAACAAAAAAUAAAUGCAUUUUGGUAUGUGAUAUGUUUCAUUGCUCAAGUGUAAUGAAAGUAGAAAACUAGUGCUUUAGCAAUGUUCACUGCUGAACAUUGGGUUCAUCAUGAGAGGGGGAAUGUCACUGCUGGCUUUUGAUGGUCCAGAGAAUAAUUAAAUAUUUACGAUUUCCAAAUACAUUUUCUUUCUGGAAUGAGGAAGGUAAUUUUAAUGGUUUUCAGUCAGUCUUUUCUAAGCAUUAAACAACAGUGUUAGGUUGAAAGAAAUCUUUGGUUGUAAAUGCCUUUUUUUAACUGAACUAAAGGCCAUAUAAAAGACAUCAAGUACUCGUGUGAUAGAAACACGACUUGAACGAGUCGAGUAAUUACUGAAAAAUUAUGAACUAAAAUUAGCUUGUUAUAACAACAAACUAGACUCGCACUUGAAAAGUUUGAGAAACUGCAAAUAAUUUAAAAAUCCUUGAUGUUCAUUUAACUGAAAUGUUACUUUGAUUGAAAUGGUUACAGAUUUUGGGGACUGAUAUCUAGAGUUAGCUCCCUUUGAGACCAGCCAUAUUUGAUUCUUCAUGUCAGCAGUGGUUGCUGAAGGAGGAUGUGAUACAACUUUUGCUGAAAGGCAGAUCACCCAGAUCACCCGAAGUUAUAGGAUUGUUUGGAGGUCACCCGGAUUCAGCGCUAGUUAUUAUAUCAGCAAAGAAAUAAAUCUACACAAACGUGAUCGCAGAAUGUUUUAGCCUGUUUAUUAUGUUUAGUCUCACUCUGGUUUUACGUCUGUAGAUAAGUGUUAUUGAUGUAUAUAUUUGUAACAUUUAUUGCAUAUGACACCCUCGUAUAUUUAAGAUUAUACUUUCUAUAUAUUGUAUGAAUGAGAAAGAUGGACGUUCUGCAAGAGGCCAUGUUCAGGGGAUUUUGCCAUGUAGGCCACAGGAAAAAUAAAAUUAAUGUUUUUCAA